GGAAGGCGUUGCUCGUCGCUCUCGCUGGGAACUGACUAGAGGAACGGAAAAUGGCGGACCUCGAAGACGUUACCCUGGACGGGAGACCGCUCCAGUCCCUUCGAGUAGCGGAUUUAAAAGCUGCUCUUGAGGAGAGAGGACUUUCGAAAAGCGGGCAGAAGAAUGCUCUCAUUAAAAGACUCAAAGGGGCUCUCAUGCUGGAGAAUCUGCAGAGGACCUCCACCCCUCAUGCUGGACUGCAGCCAAACUCACAGAUUGGUGAGGAAAUGAGCCAGAACAGCUUUAUCAAGCAGUAUCUGGCUAAACAACAGGAGCUCCUAAGGCAGCGUCUGGAGAGAGAGGCUCGUGAAGCAUAUGAAACAAAUGACCAAGAGGACCACACAGAAGUUAAUAACAGUACCUCAUGCCCUCCCCAACCCCAGGAUGUCACACCAGCUGUGGCUGAGCAGCACAAGCCACCUGGCCCCUCUGGUGCAGAGGGAUUGUUUGGUGCAGUGAAUGAGGGAGAGGGUAACAGGAACCAGGAGGCUGCCAUUUCCGGUCCUCCUGCUUCUGGCUCUGUGGCCAUGCGGGUUCCUGGUGGUGAGCAGCGGCCAGAGAGAGGUUCUGCAUCAAACGAAGUCGCUGCUGACAGCGACGACGAGGAUAGUGAGGAUGGCGAGGAGGAUGGUGACGAUGAUGACUGGGACAGUGGUGCUCGGAGGAGAAACCUUAGAGAGCCAGCCAGAGUGCCCACAACUAGAGAGAGGUCUGGAGCAUCCUGUCAACCCCAGCAGCAACACAUGCCUUCCCUUUUGUCCCCUCAACUCCGCCAGCCAACACCUCCUCCCUCCCCACCCCCAGAGUUAUCAUUCCCAUUGCCUGACACCCCUAAGCAGAGCCCCCCCAGUCCAGAUGUAGCCCCAGCGAGGCGCUCACCCAGUACCUCCAGCUCUGGUUCCUCCAGCAGCGGCAGCCGCAGUAGCAGUCCAGAGCCACAGAGGAGUGGACAUGCUGAGCGCAAACCUGGCCCGCUCACACUUCUGGCACGUAAGAUGGCAUCAGAAGGUGCUUUUUCUGGUGCAGGUUGGCAUGGGGGCAAUGGGGAAGGCAAUAGGCAGGACAGCAGUUCACCUUCGGCUACAUCAUUUCCUGGCAGAGGGCCUCCAGAGGGUCUGGUGUCUGCCAUCACUCACACUGCCAACACUGCAGGCCACGUGCCAUUUCCCAUGAUUCCAGGCACCAACCAGGGUGUCGCAGGAGCACAUUCGUCCCAUAUUCAAGUACCUGUGAGUGUGCUCAAGGCCACUGCAACAGAAGAUAGGGACAGAGAGAGAGACGCUGAGGUAGAAAGAGAAAAGGCACUUGAGCUGGAAAGGCAAGAGAAGCAGAGGAGACUUGAGCAAGAACGAGCAUUGGAGGAAGAGCGGGAAAGGGCUCUUGCACUGGAGAGAGAGGAAAGAGAGAGAGCUCUGGAGAAAGAGAGAAUUGAAAGACAGCAGGCCUUAGAGAGAGAAGAAAAAGAAAAGGCUUUGCAGCGGGAGAGGGAACUUGCUCUAGAACGAGAAAGGCAGGAGAAGGAGCUAGCUUUGGCUAAAGAGAGGGAAGAACGAGAGCAAGCCUUAGCAAAAGAGAGGGCCCUGGAGCUUGAGAGGCAGAAGGAACUUGAAAGACAGAGAGCACUGGAGCAAGAACGUCUGCAGAGAGAAAAAGAGGAGAGAGAGAAGCGAGAAAGAGAAGAAAUGGAGAAAGCGAUGGAACUAGAAAGAGCCAAGGCUUUGGAGCAGGAAAGGAAGGAGAAAGAGAGGGCUCUUGAGCAAGAGAGGUUAGAGAGGGAAAGAGCUUUGGAGGCUGAGAGGAAGGAGAAGGAGAGGGUCGAAAGAGAAAAGGCUUUGGAGCAGGAAAGGGAAAGGUUAGAGAAGGAGAAAGCCUUAGAGCAAGAGAGAAUAGCGAAGGAGAAAGCUUUGGCGCAAGAGAGGCUAGAAAGAGAGAGAGCCCUGGAACAAGAGAGACUAGAGAAAGAGAAAGCCAUAGAGCGAGAGAGAAUUGAGAGAGCCUUAGAGCAAGAGAGAAUUGAGAAAGAGAAAGCCAUAGAGCGAGAGAGAAUCGAGAGAGAGAAAGCCAUAGAGCGAGAGAGAAUCGAGAGAGAGAAAGCCUUAGCGAAAGAGAGAAUCGAGAGAGAGAAAGCCUUAGAGAAAGAGAGAAUCGAGAGAGAGAAAGCCUUAGAGAAAGAGAGAAUCGAGAGAGAGGAAGCCUUAGAGAAAGAGAGAAUCGAGAGAGAAAAAGUUCUAGAGCAAGAAAGGUUGGAGAGGGAGAAAGCCCUCGAGCAAGAGAGGUUAGAGCUUGAGAGGAAGGAAAAGGAGAGAAUUCAGAGGGAGAAAGCAUUGGAGCAGCAGAGGUUAGAGAAGGAAAAGGCCUUGGAACGAGAGAGGGAGGAAAAACAGAGGGUGGAGAGAGAGGCAGCUCUGAAACAGGAGAGGAUGGAGAAGGAAAGAGCCGAGAAAGAGAGAAAGGAGAGGCUGGAGAGGGAGAAAGCUCUAGAGCAGGAGAAACUUGAAAGGGAGAGAGCCUUGGAGAAGGAAAGGAAGGAGAAGGAGAGGGCUCUCGAACGUGAGAGGUUAGAGAAAGAGAAAGCCAUUCAGAAAGAAAAGGAGGAACAGGAAAAAGAGAGAGCUAGGAUGGCUGAAAAGGAGAGGGAGAGUCACCUCCCUCCAUCCAAACGUGGCCGUGAGAUUGGUCUCACCCCCCUGCCCACUCCUCCCCCCCUCUCCACAGGACCAGGUAGAAAGUCAUCGACUGAGGCAGGAGAGCAGGAAGACGUCCGUGCUCCAAUGUCCCGGAGUGAAGCAGCAGAAUCCGGUGCACCCGUGUCACCGACACCUCUGUCGCCUCAGUCCUCAUUCAAGAAGUUCCGGUUCUUAAGGGACACCCCACUUCAACCGCAAUCUUCCUCCACUUCUAUGGUUAUCAAGCGGCCCCGUAACUUCUCUGAUACCCCCCAGCCUCAGGCUUCACCUGUCUCCUCCUCUGCCAAUGUCGGGGAACGACAGCAGGAAGGAAUCCACCCCUACACUGAACAGGAGGUUGUUGCUGGGCCACCUGGAGCAGUGGGGAUCCAGCCCAGUGUUAAUACCACACUAGUCAAGAGUCCCAAAAAAGAAGGGACCACAAGCCUCAUAUCCGAGAACAAAGAAAAAGCAGAUUCAGUGAAGAUGGAAAAGGCUGCCAAGGAAUCCACCAGAAAAGCAGAAGAAGUGGGUGAAAGUAAGGGCCCUUCAAGGCCUGUGGAUACUGCAAAGCAGAGAGCAAGAGAUGCAAACAAGGAAGAAAAACAAGCACGACAAAGAUCAUCGUCUAAUGAUUCCUCUUCCUCAGAAUCGGACUCUGGGUCCUCAUCAUCUCGGUCCUCUAGCUCAUCUACAUCCUCUCUUGAGAAAACCUCCACUUCAAGAGGUAGAAGGGAAGGGAAACAUGACAGAGAUUCUUCUCCACAGCAGAAGGUGACAUUAGAGGCUCAGGCUGAGGCUUCAAAGGAAACUCCAAAAGCCUCCCCUUGCAAAAGAGAGGUGUCUGUAGAGAAGAGUAACAAAACUGCUGAUGGAGACAGUCACAUCAAGAAACCGUUCUCUGAAGCACCGAUCAGAGAGGAGACACAAAGGAAGAGAAAGGACAGCGAGGGAGAGGAGGGAAAGGACAAACAAAGGCAGGUGAAGGAGACUGCCAUGGCAGAGCCAGAGAAGCUUCCAGAGACCAGCGAGGAGACACCAAAGGCCUUCUCAGCGCGUAAGAUCUCUCUCAGCAGCAGUAAAUCAUCCCCAGGCACUGGCAGUGUAGAGGGCGAGCAGGAGUCUGGGGCCGCAGCCGGUCGCAAGAGGAGGUGGGGCUCCAGCACAGCUGUCACUGCCAAGAAACCUUCCAUCAGCAUCACCACAGAUUCACUCAAGUCUCUUAUCCCAGACAUUCGGCCAUGUCUCGGUCAGGAAGCAGUAGUGGACCUGCACCCGGAGGAAGCUGUCCUUUCUGGGGCUGAGGAUGAAGAGAGGGAGCGCUCCGACCAGGACCUGCAGAUUCGACGCACUGUCACACAGGUGGUGCACUCAGAGAGUCAGGAGAAUGGACAGAAAGAGGCAAAGAGGGGUAGACAUGAGGAUUUGGAGGAGGAAGACCCACGGGGAGACAGAGAGAAGACAAGGGAGCAUGAAGAGAAGAUGGACACCUCAUUUCCUGAAGCCAUGGAAACCCAGUCUCCAUCACAUACCAGCCAUGAUGUAGAAAUCAACACUGUGACCCCCAGCGACACUCUCAUUCGUCGCUCCAUCAGCCAGCAGAAAACCGGUGUUUCCAUCACAAUCGAUGACCCUGUUCGCACUGCCCGGCAGCCCUCGCCACCUCGUGGCAAAGUCUCCAGCAUUGUUCACAUCAGCAACCUGGUGAGGCCGUUCACUCUUGGGCAGCUUAAGGAACUGCUCGGCAGAACUGGCACCCUGGUGGAGGAGGGCUUCUGGAUUGACAAAAUCAAGUCUCACUGCUACGUCACUUACUGUAGCUCUGAGGAGGCAGUCGCUACACGGGCAGCUCUUCAUGGAGUGAAAUGGCCUCAGAGCAACCCAAAAGUCCUUAGUGUAGACUUCUGCCAGCAGGAUGAGCUGGACUUCCACAAAGGCUUGGGUACAGCCGACAGACCCGGAGCAGAGGAGCAGGGGCCGCCUGGCUCCGGUCGUGGUCGAACAUCGGGCUUGCCCUCUCUCCUCCCAGAGCGAGACCAGUGGGCCGAGCGUGAGCGUGAGAUGGAGCGGCGGGAGAGGGCUCGAGCAGAGCGGGAGUGGGAUCGCGACAAAGUAAGAGAGUUUGGGAAACCCGGAGAAGAGAAGGAGGGAGGUCCCCGGAGGUCACGGUCCAGAGAGAGACGACGCAAAGAGAGGGGAAAGAGCAAGGAGAAGAAGACUGAGAAGAAAGAGAAAACAGCUGAGGAUCCCCCUGCAAAGCUGCUUGAUGAUCUGUUCCGUAAAACGAAAGCAGCUCCUUGCAUAUACUGGCUUCCACUUUCAGAGGAACAGUUUGUUCAACGGGAAGCUGCCAGAGCCGAGCGUAUGAAAGAGCGUGAGAAGCGGAGGAAGGAGCAAGAAGAGGAGGAGGAGAAAAAAAGGGAAGAGGAGCGCAAGGAGAGGAUGAAAGCCGCAGCCGGCACAGCAGGAGAGCGGAGUGAGGGUGAGAAGGACAAGGACAGAGACAGAGAGAGGGACAGAGACAGAGACCGAGGUAGAGACAGAGACAGGGAGAGAGAGAGGGAGAGGGAGAACGACAAACGCAGGGAUGGCUACCGUAGGCCGGGGGGCAGCGGGACAGGCGGGGGCAGACGCUCCCGCAGCCGCAGCGACCCGCGAGAAAGGCGGCGUUAAUGGCCGAUCGACUGAUGGAACUGUCCCAGAGACCACCCUCUUCCAUUUGCCUUUCACUACAUGUACUUUGUUAAAACUAAGACCCAACAGAGGACCAACUGAUGUCAUCGCCAUCUCUCAAAUUGUCACCUUUUUUAAAGCACAUCUAGGCCGACACAGUCAUGCUUGAAGGGGACCAUGAUUUUAUGCAGUGUUGUUUCCCCAGAGUGCUGUACGUCUCGCUCCUAUCAAGGUUUAAUAUAUUUUCUUUAUACAUUGUGCCUGUUGGGUUUUUUUUUGUUGUUUUUUUGUCUUGUCUUGACGGCACAACAGUAUGGCGCGCUGGGUAAUUUUAAUAAUUUCCCCCAAUGUUCCCCAUUUUCCCCUAAACAUAGGUGCCAAUUAUGAUUUGCAAUCAGUUGUCGUCGACUCAGUGUUUAACAACACAACGCAAUUUGGAUGAGGAAUCCUUUUGUUGAUGCAUGUAGUCCAAGGCUCUCCUCGCCAGUCCUGCCUAAAGAGAAAACUCGGCCUCUGUGCAGAGGCUUGCAAAAAUAUAAAAAUAUUGGAAUAGGUGUGUUUGGCAUUUUGUACAGACAUAUAAGAUUACUCAAAAUCAAGUCUUUAAAUAGGGCAGCUCGGGGGUAUUUUUGGACAGGUGUGGAAUAACUACUAAGGCUGUUGCAGUGUUCCUCUCUCCCUCUAUUUAGUUAAGAGAUGAGACAAUUCUCUGUGGAGGAGAAUCUAUGUCACACCUGACACGAGUUAUGAUUAUGUCCUUAUCGAUCCUCUUUUUUCUCCUUCCUUUACUCUUCCUCCCGUUCUCUUCCUGUAGUGUCGAUACAGGCACAAGAGGGGAGGUUGCAUUAUAUGUUUUCUCACCAAUGAUUUUAAUAUUGUUUUUUAAUCAUUAUUUUAUCAUUUUAGUACCAAUGUUUUUUUGUUUGUUUUUUAUUUCUUCUUUGAGUACGCCUAUCAGUGGUGAAUGUACAAAUAAUAAAAAUUGAAUUUGAA